UGCCAAGUGUUUGAUGUGAAAAUAUCGUUACUAACCUACAAGCAUAUCUAAUAGGAGGGUUUAAAACUAGUGUCAUAACGUUUCCCGAGACAACGUUACAUUGAAUUGCUCAUAUAUGUAGUAUUAUCUGUCAAUUCUUGACAGUAGUUUAGCAGAAGUCUGAGGAUAUAGUAAUUAUUUAAAGUCGAACGGAAUGAUAAUAAAUCGCCUGUCAUAACCAAUUAUUUAAACGACAAUGUUGUAUGGCCAAAUGUUUUCUGAUGCAGACAUUCUUUCGGAAGAAUUUCCAGAUGAUGUUUCAGUCAGCGCAUUAUGCGACUGUGGCCGGCAUAAGCGUUUGCAUGCAAAGACAAAACUCAGGCUUCCGGUGGCACCACUUGGUUACUCUGACUACAAAUCUACCUUCAAAAAGAUUGACAAUCCCUGCCCUCGGUCAUCUAAGCGUCCAACUCCCACACCACUCGACCUUAAUGCGCCACCAAUGACAUUUGUGACCAAUCAGAGAAUGGACUUCAAGACAUAUGGGGAUGUUGAGCGUGUGAAGGCUAUUGUGCAUGAGGAGCACUAUAAAGUUCCAUCUGUGCCAAUGGAUGGGACAACACACUACAGUCAGGAGUUUGUUCCAAAGCAACCUGUUCAUGAAAUUUAUUCCAUAAACCAGCAUGACAAACUGCACAUCCCUGCACUGCCACUUGAUGCAUGUACCACAACCAAAGAAACCUUUAAACCAUGGCAAAGACAACCAACUUUGAUUUUUGGAGAGUUGCCAAGUUUUACAGGAUCAAUUAUAUUUCCUGGAAGAAAGUCCCUUCCAGAAAGCACUAUGCGACACAGCUAUCAGGGCACCUUUGCCCCACCUGUUGCUACAAUCAAAACAGAAACCCCCAAUAUAAAACUAGAAGGUUCCAUGGAGUUUGAAACUACCCACAGAGAUACCUAUAAAGAAAUUAAAGGAGACUACCGUGCAAAGCCAGUUGUUCACAAGGAUAAAGCUUCAGUGGGCAAGAGAGGGAAGUUUAGUGAUGAGACACAGUUCAAACAUGACUUUCCUGGUUUUGGAUCAAAGCAACCUCUUCCACCCAAACCAGCUGAACCAGCACCAACCACAAUAGACCUCAAGUUCAACAACAUGCAGAGUUUCUCUACAGAGAACCGAACAAUUUUUAAAGGACAUGAUGUCACAGUUCACCCUGCUUCUCAUUCAUGCAAAGUUACUGACGAAAAAUACAAAUGUCCUUCUGUCAAAUUUGAGACAGAAACAUCACAUAAGAGGGACUAUCGUCCAGUUAAUGUGACAACACUUCAAGCCAAUACAAUCUGUGUACCAACUGGGACCAUGGCCUUGGCUCAAGACACGUUUUUUGAUGGACACACAACAAACUCUGAGUUCUUCAAAAACUGGCACCCACCUAGACGUAUUCGCUUUGGAGAUUUCCAUGAAAAUAAGCCUUUUAUCAGACAUUUACAGCCAUUUCAAGGGCAGAGCGUAACUCAUGCAACUUUUACACCAAAAGAAAUACAGCACAUGGCAGCCUUUAAGCCAGUGGAGCGUACAGUCUCAAGUGGGAAAGUGGACUACACCACCAGUUAUAAAGAAGAGUACCAAAAAAAAGAAUUACGCAUGUGUCGAGCACAGAUCUACCUUCUUCAACAGGAAAUGAGAAGGCAAAGAGAAAAACCAUCAGCGCAUGCUCCUGAACAAGUUGCCAUUAAAUAGAAAAGCCCUUUUUCACAAUUUUCCUACAGCCACCUUUCUUGAUAUUUCCUAUGCAGCCCUGUUUACCAUUAGAAUGACCAACCUGUAAUCUUUCGAAAAAAAUUAUACUCCCAGGAAAAGCAAAUUCUUCAUCCUAAAAACAGAGCACAUUAAAACAGAUGCAUUUUCUCAAUUUUUAAUAUUUUCUGUCUCAACAUUUGAUAUACAGUAGGACAAUUUGCAAAGUAUACCAUCCAUCAGUUGAAAAUGUUGAUUAAAUUAAUCAUGUUUACAGAAUUUUUUUCAUUACUGCUAAUCUCCAACAGCAGCCUAAAUUAUUAUUUACAUUGUUAGUUUGUAGAGUCCUUUUCCUUUGCAUAUCAAAACAAUUGUGAUUAUUCUUACCAAAACAUUAUGAAACUAUAUUCCAUUAAUGCUGGAUUCUGUUCUCAUUAUUACUUUCUUAGUUUCAUCCUGUUGUCUUUAAAUAAUAUGAUGACAUUUUCUCUAUUUUUUGCCUUCUCCCAUUCUUCCAAAUAAACCAAUUUCCACAAGAGCCCAAGAGCACAACAAAAAAGAUAAAGGGUCCCUGUCAUGCUUGUGCCAUUAUUUCCAUGGGACUGAGAAUUUCCUAUAAUGAUUAAGCUACCCAUAAAGGUAAACAGGUAGGCCUAUAAUUUGGUUGUUUUAUUCCUGUGAAAUUAAAGGGUACUUACUAAAUUUUCCAUCUGUCUGCCACUCUAUGGACAGUUGGAAAGAGUGUGGUAUUGAAUUCUCAUUGUUCUUGUUCUAUUUUUUCCAUUCUUUCUAAAGGAAAUCAUUGAAGUGUAAAUUCUCAAAAUAAGACAUACCUGUGCAUUAAUUUUGGGGUGCUUGUAUCAGCUGCUUUUACAAGAAACAAAUAUAUUAAAAGUUUGAUCUUACAGAG